UCCGUUUCUAGCAUUAAUUAGGGUUCUUUUGGUUCUAAACCCUAAAACCAAACCCUAGGUCCAUUAGAGUGUUCUGCAGGUAAAAGAAGAAUAAGCCGGAAAAACAUUCCGAUUUGACGAGAGGAAAAAUGUCUGAAAAUCAAGAUUGGUCCAAUCUUUGUCACGAUCUCUUGCGACCAAUCCUCGAAAGCUUGAGCACUAUUGAUUUUCACCGAGCAAAAACAGUUUGCUCAGAUUGGUAUUCGGUUUGGAAAACAUGCGUAAAGUGGCCUCUGUGCCCAUGGCAGAUCACACACCAAGGUAAUUCUUUGAAGUUGUUUGAUCCCAAAGAAGACAAGAUUCACAAAAUCGCUGGACUCUCUGACUUUAGUUAUUAUAUGGGUAGCUGGCUCUUGAUGGUACAUUCUGGUCUCGAUUUCUAUAUUUUAAACCUGUUAACGUGCAAAAGGAUCAAUCUUCCAUCAAUAACACAUCGAUCUAUCGUAGGAUUCGAAAGAUCAGCUGUUUUGUGGAUAGACGAGAGAACAGAGGAUUAUUUUGUUGUUUUCAUAUCAAACCAACAUUACUUGUUCUCACACAAGAAAGGAGAUGAUAAGAAUAUGAAUUGGAAUCUCUGCGACACAAAGGUGGGUUUGUUCGAUAUGGCUUAUAAGAACAGUAAACUUUAUUUGUAUACUUUGGAUCAUGACAUAAAGAUUCUUGAUUUCUCUGGAGAUUCCCCCAAAGUAGAAGGUAUGAAAAACCCGUCGGUUCGAUAUUUUGUGUAACCGUUGGAAUAUAUUUGGAAGAGGAAAAUAGUGAUUCAAAACUCAGGAGAGGUACUCAUCAUCUUGAGCUUAAAAAAAGUGAUUCAUGAAAAGAAGUUUUUGUUUUACAUCUUUCAGAUGAAUCUUGAGAGUAGCCAAUGGGAAAGAGUGUAUUCUAUUGGAGAAAAUGAGAUGAUAAUAUUUGGUCAUGGUGUUACAAUAAGAGCACCAGUUCAAGAUGUUGGUGAUGGAAUCAAGAGUGAUUCAAUCUGUUUCGUUGAGAAUGAGCUUUGGCCGGAUUGGAACCGUCCUUCAAGUUGCGGUAUCUUCGAUCUUGUUACAAGUAAAAUCACAUGGCCUAAGAGAUUCGGUGUUCACAUAGAUCAGUGGUUUAUUCCAGGAUCUGCUUAGAUGUGAUGGUGUGCUU